AUUGUACCACCACACCAUGAGUGUUGGUUUUGAACGACCUGUUGCAUCUCCUCCGAAGCUCCACGCUUUUAUUCUGAAGGCUGCGGCUCGGAAGCGAGAUGGCUUUGAAUGCGCAAGCUUUGAAGCAGCUUCCGGUGUGCAACGUGACGUAAAUAAACAAGACAACUCGGGUGGGGGGGAAAGAGAGGCAAGUACAGAUUGUACUGGACUGUAUUCUAUUAUAAUCAUAUUUAAACCGUAACCGCAACGGAAGAAGUGAACUCUGUGGUUGUAACCACUGAGGGAUAAAAUGCGUGGCUCCGUUGUACUGCCUGCCGGUGAUGCUAAGCUAAAGUCUAUUCGCCGGCUGUAGCAACGGAGUUGUAGCAACGGACUUCUUUGCACUGAAUAUUUGUGUGUGUUCGUGUAACCGCAGGAGCGUUUGGUUCAUUUGAAAGCCUAAAGCCAUGGCAACUGACUCGACACUCCUCAACUCCGAGAUGGAGUUACAGGAGCAAGAAGACCUGUAUCGACACCUGUUAGCACAGACACUAGAAAAUGUACCGACGGCAAAUCCCGAUUCCAAAGUGAUUCGGCCUCAACCCGGAAUAUGUGUAAAGACGACGUCGGAGCCCGGCAAGCAAAAGGUCUUUGUCAACAUCUGUCAGUCAAACUUGGUCCCACCACCACCGGAGAUCUCCAAAGAGGAACUUUUGGACCUGCUCCAGUUAGAAGAUCCCAGUGGCUACAAAGUUCCCAUGAGCCUCGGCGAGCCACACACUGAAGUGGACAACAACUCUCAGGGUUGCACUGCGUAUGACGUGGUCAUCAAUCAGGAGUUUUUCCAGAAGUGUCAGAAGGAAGCCUUGUUCCAGCAGUUUGUUGUCAUGGUGUCUUUCGAAGGUUUAGAGAACAAAUACAACAUCGAGCUGAGUCGAGAAUGGAAGGUGCUGAAGAACAGAAAGUUCUUGGGUUCUGUCAGCGAGCAGAACAUUCGCACAAAAAGCAAGCCGGUUAUUCAGGAGCUGCAACCUCCGGAAAACGCCACUUCAGGGGCAAAAAGACCAGAGUUCACCUUGUUUGUGGAGCCCCCUUCUGGUGACCCGGAGUACCUCAUUGCAGAAAUCAAGCUGCCUGGCGUGGCUUCAUCCCGCUCGUUGGUCCUCGACGUCGGCGAGGACCGCCUGGUCCUGACAGCCCGGCCCUCGCUCUACUUUCUCGACAUCUUCCAUCCCUUCAUCGUUGAUCCGGAGACGAGCGUGGCGCAGUUCAACGGCGGGACUCGGAUCCUCACAAUCACCGCGCCCGUGGCGUCGUCUUGAAUCAACAGCGUCAAUUCACUCUUCAUUCCGAUGUCAUGUGAGACAGAAGUUCCAAGUCGAGUUAAUACCACAGCUGUUGAAUCGCUUGCGGGAUAUCCAACAUGUCACACCCGAACAUAUACGGUACGUACACCACGACGACGACGUUAGCGAUCAAGAAACUCGCAUCGUUGGUUUUUGCAAAGGCGAAAUUUCAGUCCAACUUUUUGUAUUUCAUUUCACAAGAUGGACAUCAAGUCGCUUUGCGUCAAAAUUUCCGAUCUGACCGAAAUGAUGAUGAUGAUGAAAGCCCCGACGGGUUUCUAAUAAAAA